CACACACCUCACGCUGUAACAUGGCUGAUGCUGCUGCUCCGCUCUAUACCAAAAUACGGAGGAAAACCAGGACCGAAGCCUCAACUGUAGAAGUUCUUGUGCGCCAAGGAUUCCCAGAGCACCAAGUGUACAAGGCUCUGGCUGCCACAGGGUGGAGUUCGGUCCAGGCUGCAGCUCUGUGGUUGCAGGGACACUGGCACGAUCCCUCUCUAGACGACCCCAUCCCCCAGGAGUACAUUCUGUACUUGCUUCCCAGUGGACCGCUGGCGGCAUCCCUGCAGGAUUUCCAGGUUGAGAGCCUCAGGCUGUGCGGGAAGAACAGAGCUCAUGGCCGCUUCCCCCAUGUCACACUCAGUGACUUCUUCACGUGUGAAGAUGAGAAGGUUGGAUGUCUCUACGCUGCUCUUAAGGCCUCCGGAGAGCGCACAGCUUUUCCUCAGACGGUAUCCCUGUCCUUGUAUUCGUCCAGCUCAUUCAUCGGCUUCUUCUUAAACAAGGAGGCGGCUGAUGUCAUCAGGAGCUUCAUGGAGAGUUUCUGCCAGGAGGUCUCUAGUCUGACAGACUGCCCGGUGAAGCCGCUUUCUCGAGAGUUUCACUUGACUUUGGCUCACAAGUUCUCACCACAUCACCAGGCCACGCUCGAGCGCUUAGCGAAAUCUAUCAGCGCCACUCAGGGCUGUGUGUGGGAGGCGGCCAUCUUCUCCAGAGACAUGAGAUUUGUUCACUACCAGACCUUUCGGGCACUUUUCCCUUUUGAGCCCCAGAACGAUGAUGAGUUGAAGCUCUGUGUAGGAGACAUGGUGUUUGUGGACACUACUGGAGUCUCGGACGGUCCAGAAGGCUGGCUGAUGGCCACUUCACACCGCACUGGAUGUUGGGGGCUGGUUCCUGAGAAUUACCUGAACAAUGAAGCCGAGACAAUAACGUGGAUCAAACAAAGAUCUUUUAGGUUUGGUCCAGAUGAAAGUAAAAGUGAAGAUAAGGACACCAAAUCUCCAAACAUCCCCCAACUAAGAAAAAAUAUUACAGAAGAAUUGCCUGUCCCCAAAAGCCUCACCCAAGUGGAGACUAGACGAGUCCUCCUUGUCAAGCAUGCAGAAAGCCUGGAUGAGGUAUUUGGCCACCACUGGUUGAAGGACCAUGCACUUGUAAAUGGUGUUUAUUACAGACCGGACCUCAACUUCCCUGUGAAGCUUCCGCACAGAGAUACCGCAGAGGAUUUAGAGGGGGACCCACCACUGUCAUCCUGCGGAGUCUUCCAGGCCCGGCUUCUCGGCGAGGCGCUGCGAGACGGCUCCUUCAUAUUCUCUUCUGUAUUCUGCUUCCCGAACCUACGCUGCAUUCAGACGGCGCAACAGAUACUGAGAGGGAUGCAGAUGGAGCAGCAGGUUAAGAUCUGUGUGGACCAGUCACAACAUCCCAAGUGUAUGACCCUAAAUGAACUGGAGCAGAAUGGGCUGAACGUGGAGGCCAUGGACAGGGUCUCAUCUCUCAGAACAGAGUCCAAUGUCUGGAAGAGGAUCCUCAAGAGCCUGGGAAGUCAGAAGGGUCCAGAGAAUGACGGGCGAACCAGUCGCCUCAUAUUGGUUGUGGCUCCCAGUUCUUCUAUUAUCCUAUUAAGCCGGAUGAUAUUGGGGGAUUUGAUCCCAGAGAGCGAGGGUGCAGCGGAUGGUCCAGCGCAGGUUCCAGCUCUGGCUUCAUGUCUAUGUGAGGAGGUGACUGCAGGGAGAUGGGUCCUCAGGGAUUCUCCAGUGAAGGGGCCCACUCAUUCUUCUAACACCUCUGUCCGGUGGGAUGACCUGAUCUACAACCAUUCCUAAUAGUAAUGAGAAGCCAGAACAUUCUGCGGGCAGAAGACGGCGUAGGGAUGAUUGUCAUCUGUCUCCUUCAGAGGAAGGAAACCUUCUACACGUCAAGGAUUUCAUCACGUUCAUUGUGCUUCAAGCAGAUCUGCAUUAUACCCUCUUAUUAAGGCUCCUCCCCAUUGCUGUGACCCCUCCCCCUCAUUGUGACUCCUCCCCAUCACUCUAUGUACACUCAAGGCUGAUUGGAAACUUAAAGUUGUCUUGGAAAAAUAUCUAAAACUUCCUUAUAUUGUAGGUGGGGGCAGCGAUAUUGUGGUGGGUGGGGCCAAUGCAAUCCA